AUGCCUCCGGAACGAAACAAUGCGCCGGUGAAGCUGUCACUGCCCCUGCAAUAUCAGCAGGACAUCUUCACCGAACUACGCGCCGAGGAUGAGCUAGUCGUACUUGCUCGCGGCCUGGGCCUUCUACAACUGAUAACGAAUUUCCUUCAUUUCCACGAUGUGGCUGGCAAUAAUUUGGUGUUGGUGGUCGGGGCGGAUGAUCGAGAGAAUGAGUGGAUUGGAGAGGCGCUUUCAGAGCAUAACGAUCGCAGCAAGUCUCCACUGGCCAGAGGAUUGAAAGCAAUCAAUACUGAUAAAGCGACUGUGUCUAUGAGAGAGCGAAUCUACGCCCAGGGUGGUAUUCUGAGUGUUACAUCGAGGAUAUUGGUCACGGAUUUAUUGUCAAAGUUGCUCGACCCCGAGAAAGUAACAGGGAUGGUCAUCCUGCAUGCCGACAAGGUGAUUGCAACGUCAUUGGAGGCAUUCAUCGUGCGCAUAUACCGACAAUCCAAUAAGCGAGGCUUUUUAAAAGCUUUUUCAGAAUCUCCAGAGCCAUUUACCACAGGAUUUGCGCCCUUGGCUAAUAUGCUCCGCAAUCUUUUUCUGCGAAAGGCAUCUUUGUGGCCCAGAUUUCACGUCUCCGUGUCGGAGGCACUGGAAGGAGAUCGCAAGGCCGAAGUUAUCGAAUUAGAAGUUCCAAUGAGCCAUAAAAUGCGAGAAAUUCAGAACGCAGUUCUUGAAUGCGUUGAGCUCAGUGUUGCAGAACUUCGCAAAACCAACACUGGUCUGGAUAUGGAAGAGUGGACCUUAGACAGUGCCCUUCACAGAAACUUCGCUGCAGCGAUCAGACGGCAGCUGCAAACAAUAUGGCAUAGAGUGACCUUUCGAACCAAGCAAAUUGUCAACGAUCUGACAGAUCUGCAAUCAAUUCUUCAGGCUCUACUUACAUACGACGCGGUGUCUUUCGUUAAGUUCUUGGAUACAAUUGUUAUGGCCAAUGCGCCACCUCCUGGGUCCAAUUCUUAUAACUACUCGCCGUGGCUUUUUCUUGAUGCUGCCCAUGUUCUUUUCCAAACUGCGAAGUCAAGAGCAUAUGAAGGGAAGCUUGAUACAACAUCUUCGGCCGCAUUUUCGGCCGCUUUGCAACCCGUGCUUGAACCUCUCCCAAAAUGGAGCGUACUUGCGGACGUACUCCAGGAAAUUGAAUAUGAUGCUUACUUGCACCCAAACAGUGCAGAUGAAUCAAAUAACACCAUUUUGAUCAUGUGCAGUGCGGUCAAAACGUGUUAUCAGCUUCGCGAGUACAUCAGCACCAUGAGUACCAAGAUUGGAGGAGUCACCAACCCCCGACAUGGAAAUGAAGAUGAAGAUGAACCAAAUCAAGAGGGUUCAGCGGAUGUGAUGAUGAGGCGGCGAUUGCGAAGUUACCUCAAUUGGAAAAAAUCACUUUCAAACGUGAAUAAAAAUCUAUCACAGGACGAGGACCAGCCCGGAACUCCAGGGACACCAUCAGGUCAAAGGCAACAACAAGGAAGGCCUCCUCCUAACAAGCGUCGGAGAGUCCGAGGUGGAGGGGCAGUAAAUUCUGCAGCUGCUCGUGUCCCAAACAGCAGUGUUCAAACCCAGGUUGAACAGCCUAGUGAAGUCAUCAAUCUUCUUAAUGAGAUUCAGCCAACUGAGGUCGAGGAAACGCAAAAGAUCGAAAUCGAUAUUGACGAACUUGAGGACAUGGAAGACUAUUAUCAACUUUACGAUAUGAAUGAUCUCAUUACGAUUCAUUCCUAUGACGGGGACAUGGAUGAACACAUUCUUGAGGAAGUUCGGCCGCGGUACAUCAUCAUGUAUGAGCCCGACUCUGCAUUCAUUCGGAGGGUUGAGGUUUACCGUAGCUCGCACUCGGGACGGAAUGUGAAGGUCUAUUUCAUGUAUUAUGGUGGCUCGGUUGAAGAGCAGCGAUAUCUAAGUGCCGUGCGUCGAGAAAAGGACUCUUUCACCAAGUUGAUCAGGGAGAAAGGGAACAUGGCUGUCACUUUGACUCAUGACAAGAGUGCUGAAAAUCCACAAGAGCAGUUCCUCCGCACAGUCAAUACCCGGAUCGCUGGAGGUGGGCGACUAGCGGCAACUGCAUCCCCGCCACUGGUGGUAGUCGAUGUGCGCGAGUUCAGAAGUGCCCUUCCGUCUCUUUUACACGGAAACAACACCAUCGUGGUCCCAGUUCAGCUCACGGUAGGUGAUUAUAUCCUCAGUCCCGAUAUUUGCGUGGAGCGAAAAUCGGUUCAGGAUCUCAUGCAAUCCCUCAGGAAUGGUCGCCUGUAUAACCAAGCCGAAACCAUGCUCCAACACUACAAAUAUCCUCUUCUUCUGAUCGAGUUCGAUCAAAACAAGGCAUUUACGUUUGACGCCUUCACAGGCGGCAACAUUAGGACUGACUCCGGAUUCUCAACCACUGGGGCUGCCACCAGCUCUAGUGGGAUGACGAAUUCUUCAAACCCCAAAAGUGCCCAGCACUUACUUGUUCUUCUUACGCUUGCCUUCCCACGCCUCAAAGUUAUCUGGUCAUCCUCGCCUUAUCAGACCGCCGAGAUCUUUGCCGAACUCAAAAAGAACAACCCAGAGCCUGAUCCCGUUCGGGCUGUUCAAAUUGGCUUAGACAUUGAUAUCUCUGGAUCCGGAUCUGGUGAUGUCAUGGCUGCCGCUGGCAUUGAGCAUCGUACCUUCAAUCUUCUUCCGCAGGAUAUGCUGCGUGCUGUCCCCGGUGUGACACCGCAAGCACUUGACCGACUUAUUUUGGAGACGGACAGCAUUAGUGAGAUAGCAAAUAUGGAGAUAGAUCAACUAGAUCCGCUGGUCGGCAAAGAAUCUGCUCGCAGGAUCUUUUCGUUCUUCCGGAAGAAUCUAUUCGAUGACUGA